AGCUGCAGUUUUCAGCUCCACCGGGGCAUUGCCACGACCGGACCGCUUUUUAUGCCAGACCUCCCGCUGCGCCGUGGGCGGCACGCAGGCAUGAAGGCGGAAAAGAUCAAAGAGGAGAGCGUGACGCAGGUGGGACACGCGGCCAGUGUGAAGCUCGAGUGUCCAAUGAAGAAGGAGCAGAGCCACUUUCCGCCUGUGAAGCGUCGACGCCUGCGGCGGCAUGAUUCGGAGGUGGGCCGGAUCGUGGGCUGCAUCAAGAGCGAAAUGAAAGAGGAGAGCCUUGACUUGCACAGCUUCUGGGCGAAAACAAAAGAAGAGGUGAAGGAGGAAGCGCGGGCAAUGGAUGCGGAAAGCCUGAAGGGAGGCUUCAUGAAGGGAGAAGCUGUUGGAUUCUGCAAGGUUGAAGCUGGCACAGUGGCGAAGGUCGAGCUUGCAGAGAGCGGACACCAGGAGGUGGCGGAGGGUCUGCCGGACCUGGCUGCUGGCAAGCGGGCGGCGUUCGAGCAGCGGAUGGUCGCGUGGGCCCGGCAAUGCGCCGAGUUCAAAAGGAGGAGGGCCACUUGGAUGCCUACGAGGCCCUGUUGUCCGGCGAACGUCUUCUUCAGCCACCCGGUGGCGCCACAGGAGGAGGACUCGCCCUGCGUGCAGCGCUUGUCCCAGAAGGAGCUGAGCUGCCUGCGGCGGUUCUUCGACCGCGGGCAUCCCGUUGUUUCAGCUCCGCUGGCAACCGGCCCAGCGACGAAGGCCGCAGCACGCGCUGCGGCGACCGCCGAGGAGGAAGCAGGCUCAUGCAUGAAGAUGUGGCCCUGGAUGCGGGACCUACCCAGCCACAUCUGGGCUGGUCGCGGCUGGGCCUAUGAUCAGAGCGGCCCACAGCGCUUGUCCUCAACGGGCGGGGCAGAAGGCAUGCAAGGUGUCCAAGUCUGGGAGUCUGCCGGCACUUCUGGGCAACCAGCUGCUCAGUUGCCCACUGCCGCCCCGCAGUCAGCUGCAGCAUCUGGGGCUGUUGCAGCGUGGGCUGCGAGCAAUGCCGUGAAGCCUGUGCGGGUGCUGUGCAAACAGCAGGAGAAGCAGAGUGGGGUUCCAGGCAUCAGCUGGCAAAGGAGCAGGUUUUGUUGGCAGCUCCAAUGGACGGAAAGGGACAGCAACGGGGCCAGCACGCGACAUAUCCGUAGUUACACCAUCAGCAGCUUCAUGAAGGACGGCUCUGACGAGGCGGCGGCUGAGGCAUCCGCGCUAAAAGCCGCCAAGGCCUUCCGCGCAGAGCUGGUGGCUGAGGGCCGCAUCAAGGAGAAGGUCCGGGACGAGAGCCUCACCUCCGAGGUGCCCGGAGUCGCGUUUGCCAAGGGGCGGAAGAAGUGGAAAGUCGAAAUCUCCGGGUCCGGCGGCCGGAAGAUCCAGGGCGGCUACUUCACGCAGAAGGCCGCGGCGGAGGAGCGGGCCCUGGAGCUGCGGGAGCUCCACGGGCUGCAGCGCUCCCUGAAAAGCUGCGCCUCGCGGGCGCGGCUGCCGGUCUUCCGGCCCAAGGCGCCCUUCCCGGGCGUCACUUGGCACGUGCGAGAUCAAGGCUGGCAGGCGGGCACCCCUGGCAGAAAACAUCGGCAGACGCGCGCGUUCAAGCCUCUGGACCACACGGAGCUGGAGCUGGAGAAGGCCUUCAGCCGGGCGGUGGCUUGGCUCAAGAAGCAGCGGCAGGAGAUGGCAGCUACGGGCAACGUGGAGGCGAAGGGAAAGAAGGCAAAGAGCAAGAAGAGCUGAGAAGAUGGCACGCAAACCUGGGGACUUGCAUGCUGAGCCGGUUAGCUGUGA